UGUCCCACACUCCGUCAGAGACUUUUUCAAGGGGACUAACAGAGAGGCUGAACAUCUCUGCUCUGGAGAAGCUGGAGAAGCAUCAGCCUGCAGCGCUCGCCGAGAUGCAGUGUAACUGUAGCUCCUCUAUAGGAUCUUUUCCAUCACCAUAUUGGAGCCGAACAGUGUUAUUCCCUGAUUGGGCGUACAAGCCGGCGUGGUCCCCUGGAUCCAGACAGGUUCAGCUGUGGCACUUUCUGUUGGAACUUCUGGGGCGUGGCGAGAGUGGGGCAAUUGGAUGGGGGGGGGAGUGGGGGGAGUUUGUCAUCCGAGACCCUGAAAGACUGGCGAGGCUGUGGGGAGAGAGGAAGGGCAAACCCCAUAUGAACUACGACAAGCUGAGCAGGGCGCUGAGGUACUACUACAACAAGAGGAUCCUCCAUAAGACCAAAGGAAAGAGAUUCACCUACAAGUUCAACUUCAGUAAACUGAUCCUGGUCAACUACCCUGGGCACCCUCCGUGUCACCAGCUUAUCCAGAGUACCCCUCUUCCAUUUCCUGUCCUUCCCUCUGAAGUUGGGGGGGCUCGGGUCCCACAGUGUGGAGGAGGGGCCAUGAUUGACAGAGCGCUCCAGUCGGCCACACAUCCUCUAAUGCUGCCCUACCUCCUCCAAAAGCCCCUCCCAUUCCCACAUUCCCACCCUGUUCAGGGACAUUUCCCCUUCCUACCGGUCCCCUCUGCCCCUGGGAGCUCUUACUCUAAUCUGAGGGAGCUCCCAGCAGGCUGUGCACCCGCCACGAUCGCUGCUCUACAUCUCACCCCCAAUGUCUGGGCAACCAAGAGCGGAAAAGAAUGGGGUUUGAACAAUAUCACAAGAACCUCUAGCCUCUGUGUGGGACAGGGAGGGAAAGAGUGUGGGGACAAAGGAGUGGGAAGAGGGGGAACUGAUCAUUUUGAGUAGAGUCAGAUGAGGUUGUGAAGAAAUGCUGAGGAAAGAUUUUCCCGGGGUUAACAAUAAUACGUUUUUGUAGUUUUUAUUCUGUUUAGAAUAAGUCAGAACUGCUAUUAGUGGAUAUUUUUCUAUAUAAUUCCUCACAGACUGAUUGGGAAUAUUUCUGUGUUUUCUGUUAUAAAGCACUUCUUAGAAGAGGAAUAGUGCUGUGGUUAAGAUACAGGCGCUAUUGAAGUCUGCACACCUCUUGUACACAUUUUGGUCUCCUAAAAUGUCAUCUUUAAAGGGAUUACAAUAAUCGCACAGUUUAUGCAACAUUUUCAGGGUAAAUGAAAAUAAAUCUUGACACUUUCCAGAUUACUGAGAAAUACAAAUUGAGGAUGUAUUCAUUUUACACUACUUAGAGUUGUUAUUUGUUGGAACGUUGACAGCCAAUACAGCUGACUCAUCUGAAAUAAUAUUCUAACAACUGUAAGGAUGAAAUGUGCCCAUUGUUUUCAUCAAAAUUGCUCACGCUCUGUGUAUUUUAUUGUGAAUCAUGGACUGCAAAAUUCUAAAACUUGUUUGUUGAUUUAGGUCAAAAAGGAGAAUGAAGCAAUAACAGAAAUUAAACUGCUCUUAGAAACCGUUCGGGUGUGUUUUGGGCAUUAAAACAUAUAUUUAUUUUAUUUAAAAAAUGUGAGAAGAAGCUUUAUGAGAAGUUUAAUCAAAUCUCUUUUUAGAUCAUUUGUUUAGUCAUCACAUUUCUGAAGGUGCAAGUGUUUUUCAGGAUUUCAC